CGGCUCAGGCAGCAGUCAGAGAGAGACCGGAGAGCGGAGAGGGAGAGACUCGCGCCAGCGGACGGCGGCGACGGCUGGCGUCGCCCCUCUUCUCCCUCAGGCUGCGGGGGAGAAAGGAAAGCCUUGGCGGAAGAGGCAGCCCGCCUCCUCCUGCGCCAACGAGGCUGCCAUGAGGCGGCGGCGGCAUUAGCAGCGUUCGGGUUUGGUGACUGUCCUCCGCCCACCAGGCGGAGAGUGGGAGGCGGGCGAGGCAGCGGGGGCCGCAGCGCAGUGCUGACGGGGGCGGCCAUGAUGAAGUGAGCCACUCGCCUCCUUCCUGAGGCCGCGGAGAAACGGGCGACUGAGGAGGGGGACGCGACAACAUGGCCAAUGACAGCGGUGGGAGUGGCGGCGGCGGCGGGGCUGGCCAAGGCGGCAGCAGUAGCAACAGCGGCAGUGGUGGCAUUGGUGGCGGCGGAGGCGGCGGCAGCUGUGCCAGCAGCGAGCGGGACCGGCAGUACUGCGAGUUGUGCGGGAAGAUGGAGAACCUGCUGCGUUGCGGACGCUGCCGCAGCUCCUUCUACUGUAGCAAAGAGCAUCAGCGGCAAGACUGGAAGAAGCACAAGCUCAUCUGUCGUGGCAGUGCCGCCGCGGUGGCGGGAGGGGGCGCUGCCGAGCACCGUAGCGGCCCCGGCGACCACCUCCAAGGCCACAGAAGCCAGCAGCAUGCCUUAGGAGGAGGCGGAGGCGGAGGAGGAGGACGGGACGGCGUGGAGGGGGCGGCGGCACCCGGAACCAAGGCGGCCACGGCGCUGCUAGGCAAGCCGCCGGCAGCGGACAUCAACUCGGACGAGAACGCCGCGGUGGCAGUGGUAACGAAUAACCACGUUUCCAAAGUGGCGUUAGAGGCCCAGGAGCAGGAAGGCGAUGACAAGGAAGCGGCGGUGGCUCCGGCAGCUCCAAGCGGGAAGGCGGGGCUCCUGUACCGGGAUAAAUCCAACUUGACUGGAGAGGCGUCCUUGCGUCCCAACGGACAGAUGAAGUCGCUGGUGCCUCAGCGGUUGGCCCUGGAGUACAUCGUGCCCUGCAUGAACAAGCACGGCAUCUGCGUGGUGGAUGAGUUCCUGGGCAAGGAGCUGGGCGGGCAGAUCGAGCAGGAGGUGCGCGCCUUGCACCACACUGGCCGCUUCACCGAUGGGCAGCUUGUCAGCCAGAAGAGCGAUUCCUCCAGAGACAUCCGCGGCGACAAAAUCACCUGGGUGGAAGGGAAGGAGCCUGGCUGCAAGACCAUCGGGAAGCUCAUGAACAGUAUGGACGAUCUCAUUCGCCACUGCAAUGGCAAGUUGGGCAACUAUAAAAUCAACGGCCGGACGAAAUUGCACUUUUUCGUGGGUGCCUUCAUCUGGCAGGCAAUGGUGGCUUGUUAUCCAGGCAAUGGAACAGGAUAUGUGCGCCAUGUUGAUAAUCCGAAUGGAGAUGGAAGAUGUGUCACAUGUAUAUAUUAUCUUAAUAAAGACUGGGAUGCCAAGGUAAGUGGAGGUAUUCUUCGAAUAUUUCCAGAAGGCAAAGCCCAGUUUGCUGACAUUGAACCUAAAUUCGAUAGACUGCUGUUUUUCUGGUCUGACCGCCGCAACCCUCAUGAAGUGCAGCCUGCAUUUGCUACGAGGUACGCAAUAACAGUGUGGUAUUUUGAUGCAGAUGAAAGAGCCCGCGCUAAAGUAAAGUACUUAACAGGUGAAAAAGGUGUGAGGGUUGAACUUAAUAAACCUUCUGAUUCAAAUGGGAAAGACCUUUUAUAAAGUCUUUGAUCUAGCAAUUCCUUAUGCUACAUCCUGGCUCUUCUCCAUCCCCAAACAAUCUUGGCGCUGUCUAUUAACUUCUGAAUGUGAAUGAGACAAAAGAAAAUCAACACCAAAUCAACAUUUGGAAUAAACAUAUAAUAGGUUUCAGUGUUGCAUCAAAUGGUUUUCUAACUGCUGAAGCAUUAUACUACAUGAUUGUGACUCCAGUCCUGUGACUGCUUAUAUGAAGAUAAGCACUGAGAAGAAACAGCUUACACAUAAAGUGCCCUACAUAGAAGUUUUCUGUCCUUCAUAUUUUGGCAUUUAUUCAGUCAUCUAGCUCAAUGCUAUUCAUCCCCCCUUUUUAAAAUGUGGUGAAAGUUUGAAUUUUAAAUACAUUUUGUAUAACCAGGUCCAACUGAUUGAAAUUGAGCAAAGCAAACAUCUUCUAAAAUAACUUUUGUCUAUUUUUGUAAAUCUGCUGUUCAUGCUGUUACCUACGAUGCAAAACCUAAUUUAAAUAAGAAUUGCCAGUAACUGAUGAUCACUUUUUCUUUUCACCUAAAGUCUGAAAAGGAGCACUUUAAUUACCAUCUAAGAACCUGAUUGUUUUUAUGUUCAUACACUAAUUUGAUUUUUUUUAAAAAAGAUUGCUGCUGUACUGUGUUUCUGAAACUUUUUUAAAAACUGAAACAGAUGCCUAUCUUGCUGUCAGUUACUUUCUUAAACUUGUGGUUUUAUAUGUUGAAUCCAGAGAGCAAGCAUUCUGUAUCUGUCUCAUUGGGGUUUUCCAAGUGACUGGCUGGCACUAAGUGAACUUGAUGCUAUCUGUACUGUCUUUGGUGUUGAAACUGGGUGUGAUCCACUGGGAGCUUCAUCUGUGAAAGCAGUUUGAUGGGAAUGAAGAUCAUGCAGUAGCACAGCUGUGCUCUAGUGUAGCUCCUGCUCCUUUCGAGUGGUGCUUGUGCAGGUGAAUUGCCAUGUGGGCUCUGCCCAUAAGUAUCAUCCAAUCCCUAAAUAUAAGGGCUUUUCUGGGCUUCUAGAUGUACCAACACCCCCUUCUACUACCUUGAUGGGAGAUCUCAGUAUUGAUUCAUUUUUAAAAGCUUACUUUCUUCCACUGUUUGUAAGGUAAUGCAACUUAAAAUCAGAGAUGGUUAAACCAACAGUAUCCUUUCUCCUUUGCGGUUUGGCCUCUUGGUCGUCUUUAUAUCAUGCCAUGGGUGUGUUAAAUUCAUUAAGACUGCAGUGUAUCACUACAGGCUUAACAUGUAAAGGUUUUUUAUAUUGCUGAGAAAUUUUUAGCAUUGGCCUCAGAUAGAUGAAGUUGUUUUUGACAAGGAAAGAAACCUUUAAGGUAAAGCAAUAGAGAAUAAAGUUCACUCAAUCAGAUAUUUCAAAAAUGUUUGCCUUGAUGAGUUGGGUUGGUGCUGAACAGUAAUCCCCUGAAGGGAAGCUUUUACAUUCUACCAGCCUUACAAACAUGAGCCUUCCCACUUAAAUGUUCCAUCGUUUGUUCCUUGAUUCCCUCACUUAUUCAAAACAAUGUGAGUGUACAGAAAUAUUUCUGUAUGUACAACGUUGACAAUUUUAGCAUCUGUAUAGUUUGUACUCUUAUUAGAGACCUUUUCUAUGGAAAGCUCAGUAAUUUUUAUUUAAAAAAAGCUUACUAUUCAUGUAAAACAUGAAAAAAGGAUUGUGUUUAGUGACAACUGACAGAAGGGGGGAAGUCAAUAUUGUUGUGGUAGUAUACCGGGGAGCUUGUGACAAAAGUCUUUGGUUUUUUAUUUCCCCCCCCCAAAAAUGAUUAGCUGUCAAAAUUUCUAACAGUUUGGUUCUCUUCAUCCUGGUAAAUUAGAAGAAAACACAUCUACAGUAAGUGCCUCUGCAAGCCUGACCAAGGAGUGUAAAUCAUCUUUACUGGUCUGCAGUGCAAUGCACUGAUUCAGACCUGAGAAACACCAUUUCUAACUUUUAACUGCUUUUGUAUUAUGUUUAAUGUGUUAGAAAUGCAAAACAUACGCCUUGUUUUUCCCUCUGUUUAAAGUAUCAACGUCUUACAUUUGUGCUUGCUGGGGAGAUAUAAAAUGUGCUUAAAUCUCUCAAUUUGUUAUUUACUAAAGGUCACCAAACUGGGUCUUUCUAAUGUCCUUUUAGAAAUUGUUCAUGUCAGUUAAAUCUUCAGCCCUGGGUGUCACAAAGCAGGAACCUGUUUCAGACUAUUUUUGAACUGUCUUAUGGCCUGUAUAUGUGUUUAGUCCUGGUUUAAAGAUAAAGCUUCAUAAUGCUAUUUUUAUUUCUUGACAUUAGCCAGCUGUAAAACACAAGACUUUUAUCUAGCAGGCAAAGAAAUUCAGGAUUCAUUUGCAGAUUUCCUAUAAAGUCAUGUAACUUUUGAAAAACAGUGUUCAUUACUGAAAGAGCUCUCAAGUUGCUUGUAAAGCUAAUCUAAUUAAAAGAUGUAUAAAGGUU